AGUGAAUCUCUUUUCAUUCCUCCAGAGCCAAAAAUUGUGGAAUUAUUUACUGCUCCGUUUCGUGAAGGAAACAGAACGUUGCAUAUGAAAUGGGAGAUGGCUCAUGAUCAACAUAUUAAUGGCUACAAUAUCAGUAUAACAAGAGGCACUGAACAUGCUAACUAUAGUACUCGGUACAGAGAAUUCUUCCUGAUUAUUUCUGGAUCCGCUUACGCCAUUAGCAUCACAGCUUUUAAUAAUAAAGGAAGAUCACCAGCAACUACUGCGCAUGUUCAAGAGCUUGAAAAUAUAGUUUAUUCUGGUGAGAUGAAUAUAACAGCCAAAAAGCCAAGCCAGUUUCAGAUUUCUUGGAGUUCAAGUCAGACGAAAUGUUACGCUUUUGACUGGGGACCAGUUAAAGGAAAUAGAACAUCUAAUUCCUGGUUCCUUAACACACCUUCAUUAAAGUUAGAUGGUGAAUUUGAAGCCUAUAAAAGAUAUCGUAUCAUAAUGUAUUUAAGAUAUAUAAAACCACCUUGCAACCUGAAAGACUUCAAUGACACCGAAAGAACAUUUGCUGUAAAGGAUGUUUAUAUCACCGAAGGAACACCUCUAUAUGGCCCAUCCAACGUUUCUGUCAGUGACAUUAAAAGCACAUCAGCAUUGCUUACCUGGUCAGAAAUUCCAGAGGAGAGUUUGCAAGGAUUUCUCCAGGGUUAUGCCAUCCAUUACUCCAGCAAUAGUACUAUGGACUCGUCCCAAGCGGUUUAUGUGAAUUCAUCUACAUUGAGCUGGACUUUAACUGAUCUCAGAAGCAACACGCUUUACACAGUGCAGAUUUCUGCCUUCACAAGUGCUGGAGAAGGAAAACAAAGUGAAGGCUAUGUGUUUGUAACUCUGAAAGAAGUCCCUGCAAGGAUCUAUUUUACAAUGAUUGGAAUACUUGUUCUUCUGAUUACAUUUAUUGUAAUAUAUUGUCAACGUUUUGAAAAAGUGAAAAAAGCCUUUUGGCCACAUAUCCCCUCUCCAGAGAACAGCAGCGCUAUCCAAGAAAUUGAUAAGACCAAUCCUGCCAGGUUGGCGGAAAGAAGCAUUUUGCCAGUGGCUGAAUUGGAAUUGGACACCUCUGAUUCUGGGAGCAUCCAUAUUAUUGAAGAAGCAUCUGAAAUUACCAGAAUAUAUGACUCUGCAAAGAACAAUCAAUCAGUUGAUCAGGAAGUUCUGGUCCAAGAUGCUGAAGGUCUAAUUGUUGCUGAUCAGGUAGAGCCAGACCACAUGAAUGCAUUUUCCAAAAUGACAGGCCUGUCAUUCAAAACUGCAAGUGAUUACACCACAAUGGAAUUAUUUCACCAAGCAAUGCCUCAUUUUUCUCAAGUCGAUCAGGAGACACAAAACAAAGAAGAGCACACAGCUUGUGAUAUGAGGCAAGACUAUGUGAAGCAAAAGCAAUGCUACAUGAAUCAUGCUGACUCAGUCCAUUCACAUUCACAUUCUCUUUUGACAGAACCCUAUUAUGGACAUGCGACACCACUCUAAUGAUCCUCUUGAUAGUAUAAAGGACCAUCUCUCAAUGGCCUCAAGCAAAUUAUCUGAGGUUAUUAAUAGUGGGAAACCAUUUGGGGUAUCCUCUACACACUAGCAAACAGAAAUGAAAGGAGUCCGCUGAGAUGCAAGCUGUGAUUUGUUCAGCUGGAAUGUUAAUAAGCUGAUGUGAUAUUUGACAUAAACCAGACAAGUCAAACUGAAGGCCUGUGGGCCACAUCCGGCCCACAAUAUAAUUAAAUACCGCCUGCAAGAUAAUUGUAUGUGUCUAUUAUUAAUGGCCCGUCAGUAAAUAGCACUCUCACUACUCAUACUACAAAUCCCACAAUGCACUGCAACAGCAGGCUCGCAGGUUAAGACGUGUGCACCACACCUCUUCCACCUGCUCUGCUGCUUUAAUGAAACACUGAUCAGUGGUUAGUGGAUGAAUGCAUCGAUUAGCACUUUUACAAUCACAUUUAAACUUGCCCUCAAAUGAAAAGUGGACUUGGAAAACAGGGACUUUCAAAGCAGCUCGGAGGCAGAGUACCAGUUUUUAGACAUUGGAGGUAAACCGUGUGCCUCGUUUGUGGAGCUAUUGUGGCUGUAAUUAAGGAAUAUAACAUAAGACGGCACUUUGAGACAAAACAUCAGGACAAGUGCAAAAACCUGAACACACAGAAGAAGCUACAGAAGAGUUUAAAAAGAGUCUGUUGUCACAAUAGGCUAUGUUCACAAAAGCAAAAAUUACUGAGUGAAGCUGAUGUGAAAGUUAGUUUUAUAGUGGCAAAAGAGAACCAAAUCGGCCAUUAUGGAGGGAGAGUUUUUGAAGCACUGUAUGAUUAAAGUGUGCAAAGUCCUUGUGUCCAGACAAAAAGCAGGUAUUU